CAGUAGCCCUUCGGAAUGCCACCACCCAGUUUUUGGGGCCACUAUGGCAGUGCCACCCGAAACCCUUGGGGCCCGGUCUCCAUCUCUCAGGGAGCGUCCAUCGCCAUGUGAAUUUGUGACUGUCGACGCGGGGCCUAGCGCUGGAAAUUCCCAGAUGAAAGCCUUGUUGCUGAUUUCCAGUGGUGUCUUUUGUGCAUUCUCCAUUUGGUUUGUGGCAUCAGCCGUGCUUCAACCCUUGAAGGUGGAGUGGGGAUUUUCGGAUGUAGAGGGGAGCUUCCUGACUUCGGUGGUGAAUCUGGGCUUUUGUUUUGGCUGUUUCUUCUCUGCCCUUCUGAACUUGGCGGACGUCUUCUCGGCUCCCGCGUUGAUUUUGGUCGGUGGCCUAAGCGCAGCGGUGGCCAACGCCAGUCUGCUGCUGGUCAGAGGAUUUUGGGGCGCCCUGCUGAUGAGAUGUCUGGUGGGGCUAGGCUUAUCCUUGGUAUAUCCUCCAUCGGUGAAGCUGCUGAGCACCUGGUAUUCAGCUGACAAGCGCAGCGCGGCCAUGGGGUUUAUGUUUUCGUUCUUUUGUAUAGGCUCCGCCUUCCCUCAGCUGCUGAAUGCGUUGGCCACGGGCUACUCCUGGCGUUUGAUCGUUGGGCUUUCGUCACUGCUUGGAGCAGUGGCCAGCAGCAUGACCUAUGCCUUUGUGGAGACAGGCCCUUACCCCUUUCCGCGCGGUGGCUUCGAUGCCAAAGCGGCCUAUCGCCUCUGUCGGAACCGGAACGUGGCCCUGUCCAUUGUGGCGUAUUGUGGGCAUCAGUGGGAACUCUUCUGUGUUUGGGCCUGGUCUGCAGAGUUCUUUGAACACAUCUGGGGCACGUCGCAGCAAUCUGCGCACAUGUGGGCCUUUGUGAUUAUUUCAAUGGGUGGCCCCGGCAGUUGGCUGGGAGGACUUCUGGGUGACCGAUACGGUCGUGCGAUGUCGGCACUGCUGAUGGUGAGUGUCAGCGGUCUCUGCACACUGGUGCUGGGAGUUUUGGAGAAUCACUGGCCCUUUGCCAUUUGGAUAUGCAUCUGCCUGCUGUGGGGUCUCACCGCGUUAGCUGAUUCGCCCAACUACUCCGCGCUGGUGAUCCUCCAUGCUGAGCAAAGCAACGUGGGGACAGCUGUCUCGGUGCAGUUGUUCUGCGGCUACCUGACCACGAUUUUGGCCCUGUGGCUGGUGCCGAUGCUCUCCGCCGCCUGGUCCUGGCGCUGGUCCCUGGCAUCGCUGAGUUUGGGCCCGGCGCUGAGCGUCCUGGCGCUGCUGCUGUUGCGACCACGGGCCAAGGAUGUCGACAAGGGCAGCAUCAAAGGACCCGCAUCUAGUGAUGCUCCAUGAGUUGUGAGCCAUUGCUGACGAGAGUUGCGCCGCAAAGGGUGUACAGAACGGCGUUUCAAGAUGUGGCUGUGGCAGGUGUGGGUCAAAAACUCAUCCACCAAAGAACCAAAAUGGAUGGUUCGAUGUGGUUUG